UAUCAUCACCCGUGCGCUUUUUCUACCAGUUCCAUUUUACCUGCUCAACUGCAAUUUGUGUGCAGUUGUUCGGUCUCCUAGUUUUAAUUGUUUAAUUAAUUAUAGUUAAGCUAAAUUUGGUGCUAAACACGUAUAUUCAACUAAAUUCUUAUCACAAUAAACUUGUGUUCCUCCUAUUUGUAUUUAUAUUAAUACAGUGCGUAAUAUAUCAUUUUGUUUAUUACAUCAGCGAGAAAAUUCGCUUGUCCACUAAGUUUAUACUCUGAUGGCCGAAGGUGAAACUGCCAACGACAAAAGCAUAAAAAAUGCUGAUAAUUUUUGUAUAACCGCGACCAACAGCUCUUCUAUAAAUAACGCUGUGUUGGGUGAAAAGUUAAGAAAGAUUACAGCACUUUUCUUCGACUUGGACAACACUUUGAUUCCCACGCGUUCGGGUGAUUUGAAAGCAGUCAAAAAGUUAAGUGAAGUGCUUGAAAAUCAAUUUGGUUUAUCGAAAGAGGAGGCCAACACCGCUACUCAAUCUUUCCUGAAAGCAUUUCGUCGCUGCCCAGAUAACUCGCAAACGUCAUUAGAUUCCUGGCGUACAUAUUUAUGGCGUGAAGCACUACCACCACGCUACAAACAUUUGGCUGAGCAAAUCUACCCAAAAUGGUUGAAAUUACGUUAUCGUUAUUUGGCGCUAUCCGCCGAUUACAUACAAAUGCUUUGUCGUGCUCGUGAGUCGAAUUUUCUAUUGGCCCUCAUUACCAACGGACCAUCCAAUGCACAGUGGGAAAAGAUAAACAAGUUGCAUGUAAGUCAAUAUUUUGAUUGCAUGCUAGUGUCAUCAGAUCUUCCGUGGGAGAAACCAAAUCCGCAAAUAUUCUAUGCUGCAUGCAACUACUUAGGAGUAGCUCCAUCGCAAUGUGCAAUGUUUGGAGAUAAACUCGAGUCCGACAUUAAAGGUGGUAGUCUAGCGGGACUUAGUGCUACAUUUUGGAUACCAUUGAAUGCAGGCGAAAUUGACUUAAACGAUGUACAACAUAAGCCAGACUUUACUCUCAAGCAAUUGUUAGAUUUAUAUAAAUAUUUUCCAUCACUAAAUAUCACUAGAAAUGUGCGUGCGAAUUCAAAUAGUCAUACAAACGGCACAAAUGCACAAUGUAAUACUGGAACAACAUUCUCCUUAGCACAUGGUGUUAACGGUGCUUCAGCUGUUCUACCUCAGUAUCGUCGUAGAGGUAGUCAAAUUAGUCAUAGUCGAACCAUAAGUACCUGUUACAGUGAUCUUCAACGUCAUCAAACACAUCAACAACAACCAAAUCAAUUUGGACAAGUACAGAACGAACAAGAAUCGCAUGACGAAUGGUUUAAUGAACGUUCGAAUCAAGAGCAGUGCAGACAACGACGUGGUGGGUCAUUACCAACUAUGGAUUAUUUGAAUAGUGAAGCAGAAAAUAGCUCGGACAGUUUGUUUAGCUAAAUAAUUAAUUAUUAUUAAUAAUGGCUGUGCAUAUUGUUCACAUGUAAACCUCAAACAUACAUGCUCAUUCUACGAUCCUAAAUAUAAACGAACGUACAAUUAUAUAAUUGCAAUAAAUCGCAACAAACUAAGGGGCUUCGGAACUUCGCGUGAUACAUACGUGAUUAUAAUUUAGACACAUUUGUAUGUAUGUAGAUAGUUACCGUAAAAGUCUACCCUCUUCCCCGCACACUAGCUUCGAAUGGUUGUGCUUUACACGCUGCUUUAUGGGUAGUAAAUGUAUAUAUACAUUUUGCAUGUGUACAUUCAUACAUAUGUAUAUACUAAGCGUAACUAAAUAAAUUCGAAUUCAUAUAUAAAAUAGUAUGUAUAUUUUAAAAUAAAACAUACAAUUUAUCAGCUAAAAGAUUUUAAUCAAUAUUUUUAAGUUUUUGCAUUGUUUAUUUGCUUUCAUAUUUUUCGUAGACGUAAAAAUAUUCUUAAUAAAUAAAUAUGAACAUGUAUUUGAGAACCAGAAAA